AUGGCUGAAUCCAGUGAAUCCGGGCCGAUCGCGCGCGCCACCAAGCCCGUUAGCGAGGCUUUGCUUAACGAGAAGUGGGACCGCGCCAUCUCCUCUGUGCUCAUCAAGUCCUCCCUCGGUCUGUCUUUCGGUGUUGUCUUCUCGGUUCUUCUCUUCAAGCGCAGAGCUUGGCCCGCGUGGGUUGGUCUCGGUUUCGGUGCCGGACGUGCUUGGGAAGAGGCUGAUGCCUCCUUCCGCCGUGGUGACUCCCCUAUCAGAGACGCCCUGCGCCGCUAA